UAAAAGGUCCAAUUUAUUACUUUAAUAUCGAUUCAUUUGGACCGGCCGCAAUGUCUUUUGGAGAUGUCGUUAUCCACAUGGUUAUUAAUUUUGAAUUGGUCGAAAUCGGGGAUGAAAUCUUCUACAAAAUGCCUUUAAAACCAGACGAUGGGCAAACUAUGAAUGUGGACAUUAAAAAAGCUAACGUGUAUUUCGGAAAUUUGAUUCCGAACGAUCCAAUUUUAAACGAUCGGGUAAACGAGAUGAUCAGGCGAACUUUCUUCGAGGCAUUUCAAAACGUUAAACCGUGGGUAAUCUCGGUUCUUUGGGAAGUUUUUAGGAUCAUAUCCCAUCCUUUCCUACAUAACGUGAAUAUCGAUGAAAUGUUUGACGAAUAAAAGAUAAAUAAUCU